CCUUCUUUGGAUGAUACUCUGUUAGAUGUGGUAGGUUUAGGGCUCAGAUGAAUCUUGAUGGGAAAGAGAGAGACGGCUAAGAAAAUAGGGAGUGAUAAGGGUCUAGAGUUUGAAGAGAUCAGAGGACCUUUUCCUAAAGCAAAGAGAAAGAGCUUGAAGUUAGCGAGCCAGGAGAUUAAGAAAGCUGUGAUGCCUAUUGAAUGUAUGGUGGACAAUGAUAAAGGAACUAUGAAGAAAUAGAGGAAGACGGGUAUGAAUAGUAUCAUCCUUCUGAUUCCUUUUGGAACAAAUUGGGCAACGACAUAAGUUCUCGGGAAGGAAAAAAGAAGAAGAAGAAGAAGAUGAUAAUGAUCGGCAAAAGUCACAAAACGGACACAACAUCUUACAAAACGUGCCAUGAGAAAAGUCUUUGCUAUUGUGUCUAUUAAUUAACAAGUUGACAGUUGAUAUUAAAUAACCAAUAUUCUCUCCUUCUCUUUUUUUUUUCUCGUGGUAGUAGUUAAUUGCAUUAAGACAUGGUAAAUGGCUUAUGUCUCUUCCAGUAAGGUAUGUUCCAUCGCAAUCUUCUUUACCAGCUCUGUUCUCUUCACGAUUUGUUCUCACUGCGACCUCAAAAUCCAGAAUCCUAUCUAUCUUUGAAAUUUGGAUCUUCCAACUUUGAAAGGUAUCUUUUGUUGUUGCAAAGAUUUCAGAGUAAUCCAACAAGCUUUUAUUCUCUGUCUAAAAGUUUAGAAUCAUAGUAAAGAUGGAUGAGGAAGAAGUGGAGGUUUGGAAUCAAGCAUCAAGAGGAUGUAGUCACACUCAUAGUUGCAACCCUCCAGGGCCAGAGGAUGCUUCUCACUCACACACAUGCUUCCACACUCACACUCACACUCAUCUCAUUAUCCCUGAUCCACAAGAGAAUCAUCAUGCUGACGGAAGCAACAAGAGACGGUCAUGUGGGAACAGAGAGGCAGUGAGGAAAUACAGAGAGAAGGAGAAGGCUCGCACGGCAUACCUUGAAGAGGAAGUCAAGAGACUGCAAUCUCUAAAUGAGCAUUUGCUUAGAAAGCUUCAGAGCCAAGCAAUGUUGGAAACUGAAAUCAUCAGACUCCGGACUCUUCUGGUAGAGAUGCAGGUGAAGAUUGAUGAUGAACUUGGCGGUUUCUCGUUUCAGAAGCAAUGCAACAGUUCUGGUUUUAUCUGACCUAGGCCAGAUGAA